GGUUGUGCGGCUGGUCCUCUGUUCACUAAGCUAGCUCACUGGUCUCCAUGCCUGGCUUUGAACAUGGAUCCUAGCGAUUUGAUUCAGGUCUUCGUGCUUACCAACUGGGCCCCACCCCAAGCCCUGCGUCACGGUUUGUGAGAUGGCUACUGACAUUUCUGAAUCCAGCGGGGCUGAUACGAAGAACAGUGCCAAGCUAGAUGCGGAUUACCCUCUCCGAGUCCUUUAUUGUGGAGUCUGCUCGUUACCAACAGAGUACUGUGAAUAUAUGCCUGAUGUUGCUAAAUGUAGACAAUGGCUAGAGAAGAAUUUUCCAAAUGAAUUUGCAAAACUUACUGUAGAAAAUUCACCCAAACAAGAAACUGGAAUUAGUGAAGGCCAAGGACCAGUAGGGGAAGAGGAGGAGAAGAAAAAACAAAAAAGAGGUGGAAGAGGUCAAAUAAAACAGAAGAAGAAGACAGUACCACAGAAGGUCACGAUAGCCAAAAUCCCCAGAGCAAAGAAGAAAUACGUGACGAGAGUGUGUGGCCUUGCAACUUUUGAAAUUGAUCUCAAAGAAGCACAAAGAUUUUUUGCUCAAAAAUUCUCCUGCGGUGCCUCAGUAACAGGGGAGGAUGAGAUCAUCAUUCAGGGAGACUUCACAGAUGACAUCAUCGAUGUCAUUCAGGAAAAGUGGCCAGAGGUAGAUGAUGACAGCAUUGAAGACCUUGGAGAGGUGAAGAAGUGACUCAGAAGUCAUGUUUCUGACUGUGACCUGAGAGUUGACAUGGCCAACAGAGGAGAGGCCUUUCAGAAAUAUAUACAUAUGUACAUAUGUGUGUAUAUAUAUCCUACAGUAAAGCUGUAGACUCCUCGUCCUUGGCGUCCUUACUGUUCUAUACAGGCUGCUUGGUUGGUUGGUUUAGGGGUUUUUUUGGUUUUUGUUUUUUUUUUGUUUUUUUUAAAUUGCCAAAGUCUGAAAAGUGAGAGAGAGGUAGUGUGCCAUGCUUAUGCAUGAAUCUGAAUUUAGUCAAAUAAAACAUUUUGGUCAUUUGGUAUUGA